AGUGCAAAGCUAACUGCACGUAUAAUCUGUGGCAAAGAGCACGGGGAGACAGCUAAGAGACAGUGACAAUGUCUUUAAACUGGCAGACAAUUCCUACUCGACUUGGAGUUUUUAGAGUGAACUGCAAAGGACUAGCAUGCCUCUUGGUCUUCACAGUGAGCGUUUGUGGCAGCACCCCGGGGAUGUGUCCAGCAGCCUGCAUCUGUGCCAGUGAUAUUGUAAGCUGCACCAAUAAGAACCUCUCUCGGGUGCCAGGAAAUCUUUAUAAAUGUAUGAAAAGACUGGAUCUGAGUUAUAACAGAAUCGGGUUUUUGGAGCCUGAAUGGGUCCCAGCACUGUUUGAGAAACUGAACACUUUAAUAAUCAAUCAUAAUAGCAUUAGCAGCAUUAUCACUGGAAGCUUUUCCACAACACCAAAUCUGAAGUACCUAGACUUGUCAUCCAACAGCCUGAAGACGCUGAGCAGCCCGGUGUUUCAGGAGCUAAGGGCACUGGAGGUUCUCCUGCUGUACAACAACCAGAUAACACAGAUAGAGUCUUCAGCCUUUGGAGGACUCUACAAGUUACAGAAACUGUACUUAAGCUAUAACUUGCUCUCACAUUUCCCCCUGGACUUGUACACUGGAAAACAUAAACUGACAGACCUUGUGUUGCUAGACAUUUCCUUUAAUCACAUCCAGUCGAUGCCUGUUCAGCGCCUGAGUUCAGUGAUGGCCAAACAUCUUAGUGGAAUUUAUCUUCAUGGCAACCCAUUUUAUUGUGACUGUAUGCUGUACUCCAUGCUAAUCUUCUGGUAUCAAAGGCACUUCAGCUCGGUGGUGGACUUCAAAAAUGAGUACACCUGCUUGUUGCGAUCAGACCCAAGAGGUUACAAUAAACUGCCUUUACUGCACGACAACUUUCUGAAUUGCUCUGAAAGCACCGUCAAUAGCUCUUUCCAAGCCUUUGGGUUUAUUCAAGAUGCCCAGGUUGGUGACAGGCUGAUUGUACACUGUGACAGCAGAAUCAGCGAUGCAGGCACAGACUUUGUUUGGAUUAGUCCGGACAAUAAAUUACUGGAGCCAGACCGGGGGACUGACAACUUUAAGGUGUUCCGUAACGGUAGCCUGGAGAUAACAGAUGCCCAGCUAGAGGACUCGGGGCUGUAUUCCUGCAUCGCAAUAAAUAAGAAAAGACUAUUAAAUGAAACCAUAGAGGUUAGAAUAAAUGUUAGCAAUUUUACAGUGAACAGGUCCCAUGCUCAUGAAGCAUUUAAUACAGCUUUUACCACCCUUGCUGCCUGUGUAGCCAGUAUUGUUUUAGUACUGCUGUAUCUCUAUCUGACGCCCUGUCCAUGUCAAUGUAAGGCGAAAAAGAGGAAGAGGAAGCUGAACCAAAGCAACAUACUCAAUUCCACACCACCACAAGAGCUGCCAGCUGAUGAGAAGAAGGUUAGCACUGGUAAACGAGUGGUUUUCCUGGAACCUGUGCACGAACCAAAACACAGUCAGAAUGGGAAAGUGAAACUGUUUCCCAAUGACAAUGUCAUCGGUGAGAGUAUCUUAAAAACUACUCGAACAAAAUCUGACUCUGAUUCUGUCAACUCUGUGUUCUCAGAUACACCUUUCAUGCCCUCAACUUAGUUUGCUGCCUGUGUUUGUAUCGUGCAGUUAUGUUUCUGAAUACCUCUUUUGCCUGUAGCAACCACCAGGACAAAUAAAUAAAAAGACAGAAAAUGUUUUAA